GAGUCGCUUUCGACCAUCUAGCAUCAUCACUCUAGAACCAGCCGCUACCGAAAAGCGAAUCAAAUCAUGCUUUCUUUGCGGUGAUACAACAACCUGACCCAGCCGAGCUUUUCGGUAGCUUCGGUUCAUCGCAUCACCAGCUCUUCUCCACCUCUACCAACUCCACUCACUCCUCAUCAAUGCCCAUUUCCCCGCCUGUUACAUGGAAGAUCCGUAGCUCAAGUCGCGGCAUUGCUUCAACUCUACUCUCUGUCUCUUUCUCUUCUUUAAUAUCCUCGCUACUCCCCAACGCACAUUGAUAAGGGAGCGGCUAGCUCAGCAUCCACCUUUACUGAUAUUCCAUUUAAGAAAGGGCAGCCUGCCUUAGGGUUUACUCUCUUCUUUUGGUUUAUUUUCCUGUUUUGUCUCCUUGCUUUCUGGAGCUGUUCUCGAAAUCGGGAAGGGGUGAGAAUGCAGCAGUGGCGGCCGGAGAGCGCGGUCAUGACCUUCGAUGAGGUCUCCAUGGAGAGGAGCAAGAGCUUCGUCAAGGCCCUUCAGGAACUGAAGAACCUGAGGCCUCAACUAUAUUCUGCUGCUGACUACUGUGAAAAGUCUUACCUACACAACGAACAGAAACAAAUGGUGCUUGAUAAUUUGAAAGACUAUGCUGUUCGAGCCCUAGUCAAUGCUGUUGAUCACUUGGGAACUGUUGCUUACAAGUUGACAGACCUUUAUGAUCAACAAACAACAGAUAUGUCAACUGUGGAUCUCAAGAUUUCAUGUCUGAAUCAGCGCAUGCUUACAUGCCAAAGUUAUAUGGAAAAAGAAGGCCUUACGCAGCAGCAAAUAUCAGGAAGAGCUCCAAGGCAUCACAAACAUUACAUUUUACCGAGUUCCGUUGGCCAUAAGAUGCAAAAUGCUCAACUUGAUGUGGGACAAAUUCACACUCAAGCGAGACCACGUCCUCAUCCUCCGGGCACUCCUGCGUCAAAAACACUGUCCUGGCAUCUAGCCUCAGAAAAUAAUCCCUCAUCAAAUGGAGAACCAAAUGCAUCACUAGAAACUCCAGUUUCUGAAGGCUUUAAAAUGUCAGCUCAGGCCUUCCACCUGCUGGAGGCUGAGGCGGCUGUGACACCAUUGCCUUUGUCAAGACAUCCUCGAUCAACCUCAGAUGUCCUAACUGUAAAUUCAUUUGGAAUGAGGGACCCCACAGCAGUUGCUAUGCCAUUUUCAGCAUUCAGGUCCUUCGAGAAUCCUAGAAGGAGAGAAGCAUCUCAACCUCCUGCUCGGAGCAAGAGUGUGUUAUCAGUAUUUUUCCCCAAACCAAAACCCCUAAAGCAGAAAACGACCUUUGUCUCAUAAUUUCUUUUCCAGUUGAAUGAAUGGGGACUUUGGCUUCGUGUGAGACAACUUUCUUACUAUACUGUCUCAUAAUUUCUUAGAAUGUGAUAAUUUAGUCUUUAUUUAGAAUUGUAUUUUUGAUAGUAUUUGUGGUAAGAAAAAAUGUUAAUGAUUUUUUUUUU